AUGGUUAGUGUGAUUUGUUUGAGCCUCAAUCUUUACGGAAUUACUGAAGUUACGUCAUUCGAAGAUGACAUCGAACAAUUUUUAACACAUCUUAUAGUUGUCAUUGCAGUCUUUUUAUAUUUUUUUGUACUUAACUAUAUCGGACAAGAAGUUACGGAUCACAAUAGCCAUGUAUUCUCCACCGCAUAUAAUGUCCGAUGGUACGUAGCGCCAUUGCAUGUACAAAAAUUGAUAUUGUUUCUUCUGCAAAAAGGUAACAAAACUUUUGUUCUGCGUCUAGGCAGAAUAUUUGGGCUGUCUUUAGAAUUUUUCGCCACGCUAACGAAGGUAUCGAUAUCUUAUUUCACAAUUGUGAGUUCCUUGCAACAGUGACGCAAAAAUUUAUUAUCUGAUAGUUAUUGUAAUAUUAUAAGUUUGAUAAUAAAUUUAUCCUCUUGUGUGAUAUAUCUUCUUCGGUAGAGUUAUCAAAAAUAUACAAUGUUCCUUUUGAGAUCGCAAUGCUGUAUUUAUAAUGUAAUUAUAACAGACAAGUAUAUAGUUGAUUUACGCAUUAUUUUGAUUAUGCUUAU